AGAAAUACCAUUAAAUAUAGGAAAAUAUGGUCUACCAUGCUGUUGAGACACAGUACACCACGCUCUUAUUAAAAGCGCGUGAACAUUAAACACUAUUAGAAAAUUGUUGUUACCUAGAAGUUUCAGAUAUUGAUUAUUCAUCGUCCGAUUUUCAUUAAGUCAGUCCACAAUUAAUAAUCCUAUGCUUUCGUUAACUUGUUGGCAAGGAAUUAAACUGUAUAUAUUACUUAUUUACAAGUGCACCAAAGCUCAAGAAACCAACAAGCAGUACCAAACACAAUCCUUCUUUUUCUCAUCAUUUUAAUAUAUUUCAUAUAUGAUUACUUCAUCACACUAAUCCUAUCCCUUUUCGUCUUUUCAUCCGUAUAUAAGUGAAACAUUUAUAUAUAUAAUAUAUAGAUAUAUAAAUAAAGUCUUGUAUCUCAAUCAUAUAUAUUUUGAAACCCCCACACGCUAUUAUAUUCAAUAUAAUCUUCAAGCAUCGUGUGACCAAGUUCAAUAGUUCUCUUUAAUGGAGUAUUUCAACAAAGUCAAGGGCAUAGUAAAGCUUCGGAGCCACCUAGACAAGUACUUAGUAGCCGACGACGACGGUGAAAAGGUCCGGCAAAGCCGAAACGGGUCAUCGAGAAAAGCUAAAUGGAUGGUAGAAUUCGUUGAGAAUAAGAACCAUGUCAUACGCCUCAAGGGCUGCCACGGCCACUACUUGGCCGCAAGCGACGUGCCUUUUUUAUUAGGUAUGACCGGGAAAAAGGUGAUUCAGUCUCCCAUGGAGAGGGACGAAAACGACGUCGUUAGUUCUGACUGGAUAUAUGAGUGGGAGCCCAUAAGGGACGGUUUCCAGGUCAAACUGAAGAGCUGGUGUGGCAAGUAUCUUCGAGCCAACGGUGGAACCCCGCCGUGGCGAAACUCGAUCACGCACGAUGAACCCCACACAGGUUCGACCCAGAAUUGGAUUCUUUGGGACAUUGAAGAAGGUGAGUUGACCGAGUCCGAGUCCGUCGCGGAUUAUUUAUCGUCUUUGUCAACCCUUUCGUCGGUGUCAGAUGAUAUUUUGAGCGAACUUGGGUCGCCGGUCGUUUCGGCUACAUCGUCGUUCAAGUCCCCGAGGUUUUCUUUCAAGUCUCAGAAGAAGCAGCAAAUCCCAUCCCCUAAGUUAAUCGACAACAUUAGCUUCAGGUCUGCAAUUGACAUUUUCCACAACGCUAAGGCAGUGCGCCUCCGCAGCCACCACGAUAAGUUUCUACUCGCCGAUGAAGAUGAGGAAUCGGUGAUCCAAGGUCGAAACGGAUCCUCCAAGAACGCCCGAUGGACUAUCGAGUUCGUAACUGGAUCCGACUCCGUUAUCCGACUUAAGAGCAACUACAACAAGUACCUCACCGCAUCCAACCAUGCUUUCUUGCUUGGUAUGACCGGUCAGAAAGUCGUCCAGAGCCUUCCAAGGGGACUUGAUUCGUCGAUUGAGUGGGAACCCAUUAAGGAGGGGAACCACGUCAAGUUCAAAACCCGGUCUGGACACUUCCUCCGAGCCAAUACAGGUUUGCCUCCCUGGAGAAACUCGGUGACCCACGAUAUUCCAUAUCGAACCUCCACCCAGGACUGGAUUUUGUGGCAUGUUGAGAUUGUUGAGAUCGAGGUUCAGUCUCCACGUGUGAGAUCGUCGGCUCAUGCCAUUCCUCAUUCUGAUUCUUUGGAUUCUGAAUCGAGUUCACCUUCAAUUAAAUCUGGGAAUUACUCGAGACAAGAGUCAACUAAUUCUUAUGUGGAUUCGCCACCAAAGUUGGAUGGGAGGACUAUUUAUUAUCAUAUAGCUGAUGGAAAUGGUGAAGUAAACGAUGAAUCGGUGGAGGGUUACUCUUUCACUUUUAGGGGUAAUGAGGUUGAAGAAUUGACUCGUAGAUUUGAGGAAGAAACUGGUAUUGAGGGCAUCGUAAUGUGUACUCGGAGCCCUUUGAAUGGAAAGUUAUAUCCACUUCGUUUGCAGCUUCCUCCUAAUAAUGUUACUAUGCAUGUUGUUGUUCUUCUUUCACAGUCAAAAGCGGCCAAAGAAUUAGAAAGCAAAGGUUUAUUAUAGGAUAUGCACCACGGUGGAGAACUGUAGAUAUAAAUGAAAGUUUUGGUAGAAGGAUAUGCACCAACUAUCUAUUAAUGUAAAUUAUCAUCUAUGCCCUCUGUUUUUAUGGUAUCUGAAAGUGUCUGAAUCAUUUAUAAACUAGAAUCUAGUAUCGUCCCCAUCAUGAUCACCAUAUCUAUAAGGUUCGACUUUAUUACAUAAAUAGUGGAGGAAGUGUGUUUAAUUUGUUGAACUGUGUUAGUGGGGGUUCAUUUAGAGCUGCUAGUGGAGUCUAAAAUCUUAAUCUGAAGACAGUAAUCUUGGGGAAGAAGCAUAUUCAUCAAUACAUUUUGUUGCAACACUAUUCUUAUCUAUUUUGUCGUUCUUUUUGUAACUUAUAUUUUGGUAGAUCAUACAUGGCCUUUGUGAAUAUUGGUCGAGUUUUCAUUCCCAUGCUUUGUGUUUGGGUCUUUUUGGUAGAAACUGUUUGUUGGAGAUUAUUUUAUUCUAUAGAUGAUUUCAUUGCUAAA